AGUACAAGUAUAAAAGGGCCCCAGCAGCCAUGGCUUUCUGACAGAACUGCACAUCAACAAACCAUCAAACAUGGGCAAGAUUACUUUCUACGAGGACAGGAACUUCCAGGGUGGCUCCUAUGAGUGCAUGAGUGACUGCGCCGACAUGUCCUCUCACAUGAGCAGGUGCCACUCCUGCAAGGUCGAGAGUGGCUGCUUUGUGAUCUACGAUCGCACAAACUACAUGGGCAACCAGUACUUCCUGAAGAGUGGAGAGUACCCCGACUACAUGAACAUGAUGGGCAUGUGCAGUGGCAUCAGAUCCUGCCGCAUGAUCCCCAUGCACAAGGGCCAGUACAAGAUGAAGAUCUACGAGAGGGAGAACUUCGGUGGUCAGUCCAAUGAGAUGAUGGAGGACUGUGACAACAUCCAGGAUCGUUACAGCAUGUCCGACUGCCAGUCUUGCCACGUGAUGGACGGACACUGGCUGACGUACGAGCAGCCCCAGUACAGAGGCAGGAUGAUGUACAUGAGACCAGGAGAGUACAGGAGCUUCAAGGAUAUGGGAUAUGAUGGAGUUAGAUUCCACUCUUUCAGAAGAAUCAUGGAUUCCUGUUAAGAAUAGAAAGGAAUGCUGUUCAAGCACAUAAUUGCUCAUGCUGUGUGGACUUGUAGUACCUUGUACAAUAAAAACUUGAUUUAAAUCCA